AUGGGCGGUCAAUUCUCAAAGAUGAUGGGCAAGAUCUUCGGAUCAAAGGAGAUGCGCCUUCUCAUGCUCGGUCUCGACGCCGCCGGAAAGACAACCAUCCUCUACAAGCUCAAGCUCGGCCAGGACGUUACUACUAUUCCCACCGUUGGCUUCAACGUCGAGACCGUUACCUACAAGAACGUCAAGUUCAACGUCUGGGAUGUCGGUGGUCAGGACAAGAUUCGACCUCUGUGGAGGCAUUACUUUAGUGGAACGCAGGGUCUUAUCUUUGUUAUCGACUCAUCCGACAGAAACAGAAUGGAGGAGGCUAGACAAGAACUUCACCGCAUCAUCAAUGAUCGCGAGAUGAAGGAUAGUCUACUACUCGUGUUUGCCAACAAGCAAGAUUUGGCAGAGGCCAUGAAGCCCCAAGAAGUUACCGAGGCUCUUCAACUCUCCAAGCUCAAGGACAAGGUCUGGUACGUGGUACCCAGCUGCGCUACCACAGGUGAAGGUCUGUUGGAAGGUCUGGCGUGGCUUAGCAACAACGUCAAGGCUCCUCCAACCCCAGCCAAGAAGUAG